UGCAGAAUGAACCCGAUGAAGAUAGCGAUGAUGAGGAAGAUGGAGAUAUAAACUCGAGCCGAAAAGUAGCCCCUGAAUAUAAACAUAUAAUUACCAUUCAUGCUGGGAAGCCUAAAGGUGGUUUAGAUGUAAGCCUGAAAGUGGAUUCUGAAAAAGUGAGACGACUCAGCUUAAGUGAGGAGAAACUUGAAGAUGCUGCAGAAACUCAUGGAAGAGAAAUUGUCAGGUUCACCCAGAGGAAUAUUCUUAGAGUCUACCCAAAGGGUAUUCGUGUAAACUCAUCCAACUACAACCCACUGAUUGGAUGGAUGCAUGGAGCUCAAAUGGUUGCUUUUAACAUGCAGGGACAUGGAAGAUCACUUUGGUUGAUGCAUGGAAUGUUCAAAUCCAACGGUGGGUGUGGUUAUGUGAAGAAACCGGAGUUUCUAUUGAAGUCUGGUCCUCACGGCGAGGUCUUUGAUCCUAGAGCUGAGUUACCUGUGAAGAUAACUUUGAAGGUGAAAGUCUAUAUGGGGGACGGAUGGCACAAUGAUUUCCACAAGAAAGAUUUUGAAGUCUUUAGCAAGCCAGAUUUCUAUGUUAGGGUAGGAAUUGUUGGAGUCCCUGCUGAUAGCAAAAUGAAGAAGACAGAAACAGUGGAUGACAAUUGGAGACCUGUUUGGGAUGAGGAAUUUCAGUUCCCAUUAACUGUCCCGGAACUGGCUCUUCUUCAGAUUGUAGUUAAUGAGCAUGACAUGUCUGAAAAGGAUGAUUUUGGGGGACAAACAUGCCUCCCCGUAUCCGAAUUACAAAGAGGGGUUCGCGCAGUUCCUCUUCAUGAUCGCGAUGGAGUGAAGUUUGGCUCUGUGAAGCUGCUAAUGCAUUUUGAUUUUGUGUGAGUGCAUUUGCUGUUUUUUCUUUCUGUAGUAGUGUAGAGACUAUGGGCUUGUUUUCUUCAACGAAUGAUUCUGAUCUGAUUG